GGGAAUGAAUGGGGAAGAUAGAAUUCCAAUGAGGCCAGUUAUGAUUAUAGUGAUAGCAUUCGUGCUUAUAACCUCUUCAAAAUCAGAAUCAUGCCCUUACUCUUCCAUAUUCAGCUUCGGUGAUUCCCUCGCCGACACCGGCAACCUCUAUCUCAGCUCAUCACCGCUUUCCGACAACUGCUUCUUCCCUCCUUACGGUGAAACCUUCUUUCACAAUGUCACAGGACGCUGCUCCGAUGGUCGUCUCAUCAUCUUUCUUGUGGGUGAAAUAGGUGGAAACGAUUUCAAUCAUCCUUUGGUUGNAGGAAAGAGCAUAGCAGAAGUUAAAUCGUAUGUGCCUAAUGUCAUCGAUACAAUAUCUUCAACAACCAAAGAGUUAAUUGGUUUAGGGGCUCACACGCUCAUAAUUCCUGGGAAUUUUCCUAUUGGAUGUAGUGCAAAUUAUUUAACAAUUUAUGAAACCAAAGAGGAGAAGCAAUAUGACAAAUUUGGAUGUUUGAAGUGGUUAAACGAGUUUACUGAAUAUUACAACCAUAAGCUCCAAAUUGAAUUGAAUAAGCUUCGAGCUCUUCAUCGUCAUGUUAAUAUUAUCUAUGUUGAUUAUUACAAUGCUGCAAUGACUUUAUAUCGUCAUCCUGCAAAAUUUGGAUUUAUUGGUCUUAAAGCCUGUUGUGGAAAGGGAGGUCCAUACAAUUUCAAUGAAUCAAUGAAGUGUGGGGAUCCAGGCGUGAAUGCUUGUGAUGAUCCUUCCAAGUAUAUUGGAUGGGAUGGGAAACAUUUAACUGAAGCUGCUUAUAAAUUAAUCGUUCAAGCUUUUAUAAAAGGGCCAUAUUCUCUCCCUCAGUUUAGUUCAUCGUGUUUAACUAAUGCAAAUUUUGGUUAUACACGUACCUUUAAGUAUUAAGUUAUGGUUUAUAUGAUAUCAACCUUUUAUCUGUUCAAUAAA